AUGCAUUCCAUAAAUGCAGUGUAUUCCAAUGAUUGGGGAAGCUGGGCUAUUAAUCAACCUGAUAUUACUUUCACUGUACGCGAUUUUGAAGGAGUUCAACCUCAUGAAGAUGACCCAAUUGUGGUGAUGUUAAGAAUUGCUGAUUAUGAGAUUGAAAGAGUAUUAUUGGACCAGGGAAGUUCAGCUGACUUGAUAUAUGGUGAUGCGUUUGAGAAGUUGGGGCUGACAGAGUCGGAUUUGUUACCUUAUGAUGGAGCUUUGGUGGGAUUUUCAGGAGAAAAAGUCUAUGUUAGGGGAUAUGUGGAGCUGAAUACAGUUUUUGGCAAAGGGAAGAAUGCGGAGUCAUUUUCCAUCAAGUUUUUGGUAGUAAAAUGUACUUCGCCAUACAAUGUACUUAUCGGAAGGCCCUCGUUGAACAGGUUGGAGGCGAUCAUCUCAACAAGGCAUUUGACAGCUAAAUAUCCUUUAAGCAAGGGUGGAGUUGGAAUUUUAAAGGCGGAUCAGUUGGUGGCUCGCAAGUGUUAUUCAGAAAGUUUUAAGCAGUAUGGUCACUUGGGAAAGAAAGCGGUAAAGGAGGGACACAGAGUUUAUGAAGUGGAAGUGGAACAAGCUGAGGUUAGUUUGGAUCCUCGGGAUGGUUUUCUUGAUCAUAAGAUGACAUCAGAGGAGGAAACUAAGGCGAUUGAGAUUGGAAAAAGAAGCCUGAAAGUUGGUGUCAACCUUACAGCGAGUCAAGAGGACAGAUUGGUGAAGUUGUUGUCACAGAACAUGGAUUUAUUCGCUUGGAGCGCCAAGGAUUUGCCUGGAAUUGACCCGAAGUUUAUUUGUCAUAAAUUGGCACUUAACCCCGGGGCGAAACCAAUUGUUCAGUUCAAGAGAAAGAUGGGUGAAGAAAAAACAGAGGCUGUUAAAGUGGAAACUAAUAAGUUACUAGAAGCAGGAUUCAUCAGAGAGGUUAAGUAUCCAACUUGGUUGGUGAAUGUAGUUAUGGUGAAGAAAGCUAAUGGGAAGUGGCGGAUGUGUACUGAUUAUACAGACUUAAAUAAGCAUUGUCCAAAAGAUUCUUACCCUUUACCAAACAUUGACAAACUUGUUGAUAGAGCAUCUGGCUUUGGCAUGCUUAGUUUAAUGGAUGCAUAUUCAGGAUAUCAUCAGAUUAGGAUGUAUCAACCUGAUGAGGAAAAGACAGCCUUCAUGACAAACCAGGCGAACUAUUGUUAUCAAACAAUGCCAUUUGGGCUGAAGAAUGCUGACGCUACGUAUCAGAGAUUGAUGGAUAAAGUGUUUGACAAGCAGGUGGGACGAAAUAUGGAAAUAUACGUUGAUGACAUGGUGGUCAAGUCAGAGGAAGUAUUGGGACAUUGUUCAGAUUUGAAGGAAGCUUUUGGUGAAUUAAGGAAGCACAAUAUGAGACUCAAUCCUGAGAAGUGUUCGUUCGGAAUUCAGAGUGGGAAGUUCUUAGGUUUCAUGAUCACAAGGAGGGGAAUUGAGGUGAAUCCAGACAAAUGUAAGGCGAUACUGGAAAUGCAGAGCCCAACUUCAGUGAAAGAUGUGCAGAAGUUAACUGGGAGGAUUGCAGCUUUGUCAAGGUUUUUACCGUGUUCUGGGAACAAAUCUGCACCAUUCUUUCAAUGUUUGCGAAAGAAUAAAGCUUUUCAGUGGACUAAAGAAUGUGAGAGUGCUUUUCAGAGUUUAAAAGAACAUUUAUCCAGCCCUCCAGUCUUAUCUAAACCAGUACCAGUUCUGUUGCAAGAGAUUAAAGGAGAUGUGAAGAUUAUAUAUUUUGUGAGCCAUGCUCUUCAAGGGGCUGAGGUUCGUUAUCAGAAAAUUGAAAAGGCGGCAUUAGCUUUAAUCAUAUCUGCCAGGAAGUUAAGACCUUAUUUUCAAGGCUUUCCUGUGGUAGUCAAAACUGACUUACCUCUUCGCCAAGUCUUACAACAGCCUGAUCUGGCUGGAAGAAUGGUAUCUUGGGCUGUUGAAUUAUUAGAGUUUGGCAUUACUUUUGAAAAGAAAGGAGAGAUUAAGGCACAGGUGCUGGUAGAUUUUGUCAAUGAGAUGUAUCAUGAGGAUAAUAGUGAAGCAGGAGAAUGGAGCUUGUCGGUAGAUGGAUCAUCAAAUGUUAAGGGCAGUGGUGCUGAGUAUGAAGCUAUCAUUGCAGGUUUGAAGCUGGCGAUAGAAAUGGGAGUUAAGAGUAUUACAAUCAAGACAGAUUCGCAGAUAGUGUCAAGACAGAUUCAAGGUGAGUAUCAGGCGAAGGAUGCACAGUUGGCAAAGUACCUAGUCAAAGCACAGGGCUUGAUAACACAAAUUGGCGAAGUAAAAAUAAAUCAUGUGCCAAGAGAUGAGAACACAAGAGUUGAUAUUUUAUCAAAAUUGGCAAGUACUAAGAAGCCGGGUAAUAAUAAGUCAGUUAUACAAGAAGUUUUGAAUAGCCCAAGUAUUGAGGCUGAUGAAGUUAUGGCAGUACCGGCAAUCACAUGUUUAGAUUGGAUGGGGCGAGUGAAGAAAUGUUUGGAAGCAGAAGGGGCGGAGCUAGCCAUGUUCACAAAGGAUCAGAUUCGAGAGGCAAGUCAUUACACUCUCCUUGGCGAUCAAUUGUACAGAAGAGGAGUUGGAGUGCCGCUUUUAAGAUGUGUUUCAGAGGAGGAUGCAGAGCGAAUCAUGUUUGAGGUUCAUGAGGGGGUUUGUGCAAGUCAUAUUGGAGGCAGAUCGUUGGCAGCUAAAGUUUUAAGGGCAGGAUUCUACUGGCCGACAUUAAGAUCAGACUGUAUGGAUUAUGUGAAAAAAUGUGACAAAUGUCAGAUUUACGCAGACUUACACAGAGCACCGCCUGAAGAGUUGAGUUCGAUGAGUUCGUCAUGGCCAUUCGCGAUGUGGGGCGUGGAUAUUUUGGGACCUUUUACACCAGCGGGGUCACAGGUUCGAUAUGUUUUAGUGGCGGUUGACUAUUUUACUAAGUGGAUUGAGGCGAAGUCAAUGGCAAGAAUCACGGCAGAGAAGGUUAAAAGGUUUUACUGGAGGAAGUUGAUUUGCAGGUUUGGUGUGCCAGCUACUAUAGUUUCGGAUAAUGGAACUCAAUUUACUAGCAGGAGUGUGAAGAGUUUCUGUUCAGAAAUGGGCAUUGAGUUGCGAUUUGCUUCAGUAGAACACCCACAGUCUAAUGGGCAGGUAGAAUCUGCUAACAAGGUGGUUCUAAAUGGUUUGAAGAAGCGAUUGGGCGAAGCAAAGGGAUUGUGGGCCGAUGAAUUAUUAACUGUAAUCUGGGCAUAUAACACCACUCCUCAGUCUACUACUGGCGAGACACCUUUCAAGUUGGCUUAUGGAGUGGAUGCGAUGAUUCCAGCAGAGGUUCAGGAUGUGACUUUUAGGGUGGCUACGUACAGUGAAGAUCAGAAUGAUGCUAAUAGGCUGGUGGACAUAAAUUUGGUGGAAGAAACUCAAGCAGCAGUUCGUCUAAGACAGGCAUUGGUGAAACAGAGGUCAGAAAGGCGAUAUAAUUCAAGGGUAGUUCCAAGGCAAAUGAAGGUUGGCGAUCUGGUGUUACGCAGAAAGGCUAAGGGACUGGACGAUUCAAAGCUAUCACCAAACUGGGAAGGACCAUACAGGAUCUUAAGGGAAUUAGGCCAAGGGGCGUAUCAUUUGGAGGAAUUGUCAAGGCGAAGAAUUCCAAGAGCUUGGAAUGCACAACAUCUCCGUUACUACUACAGUUGA